UAAUAAAGUAGGCCCAAUGGCAAGCACCAAGCUGGGAUUUCCCUUCCAUAAAUAGAUGAUUCUUAUUCAACAACAGUAACUGUUACUAUUACUUCAGUCUUCUUCGACUUAGUGUGGCUCAGCUGCGAAAGGGAUAUGGGUCUCUGAAAUAUCUUUCUGUCGACACCAGCAAGUAACACAUGUGACGGAGUGUUGUGCGAUAUCCACGGGCCUGGAGUAUUCUUCGGCCAUCUGCUGAUGUUGUCUAUGUUGCUCGUAUAGCAUACAACUAAUUACUUACACGCUCAGGUGCGCUGGUUCAUUGAACAACGGUACUCGCUCGCGGAUGAUUUGGAGGUGAGGUGAAGAAGGCACUAGAACGUCGGUGUUUGAUCGGGAUGUUCAAAAUCACAGCCCAGUGAUACAGUGCUGGUCGGCUACGUAAGACAUUUGCCAGUGAUUGAGAGGAGGUUUGCUUACCACUGUUGUUGAGACGUAGAUCUGGCCACGAACUUCUGCUGCACAUUAUUCCACAGGGCCCGGGUUAAAAUAGGCCGGAUGAAAAUGGAUCGCAUUCUCAAGGUAAGGAGGCGGCGAGGUAGUCCCUCCACCUUCACCUCCUACAUAAGCUCAAGCUUGUCUGAGGAGGAUGCUGACGUGACUACCCCAAUAUCGGCAUCGGUGCCGACAUCUUCACUUCCAUCAGCUGCUGAACGAAGGCAGAAGUAUUUCAGUCGUUCAGAGACUAUGUGUCAACCCUACGCCACAAUACACCUAAAGAAGACCACUGGUACCGGUACGCAGGAAGGCGUGCAAGAUGAGUUGCCCUGGAAUAGAAAACCGUCCAUAUCAGCACCUUCACUUCUGGACGGAGAGAUUGUGGCCUGCUCACCCCACCUGUAUAACAGUAUCCCGUUGGAUGGUGUUAUGUACAGUUUCGAAUUCCAGACAGAACCGGAGCAUCUUGAUGAUACACCUGAUAUCGGUCCGCUGCAUUUCAGGGGCCUGCCCCAUCCUCGGUACCAAAUACUUCAAGAGUUGCUGACCGCCGAACGCAAGUAUGUUGAAGAGUUGAGAAGAUGCAUCACCGAUUACCUGAUUCCACUUCGUUCGCAGAGUGUGUUCGACACGGACAUCCUGUUUGGAAACAUGGAGAAUCUGUACACGAUUGCCAACAAACUUCUCGCCAAGCUGCAGGAAUGUGUCACUGGCAGCAAGAUCGAGAACGCUCCUAUUGGCCAGUGCUUAGUGGGGAUGAUUGGAGACCUGGCCAUGACAUAUCAGCCAUAUUGCUGUAACCAUGGCGAUGCCUCUCAGCUAUUAUCCACGCUCUAUUUCAGUAUGGAGUUUCAACGGUCACUGAGCAGCAUAGCGACACAGGGCAUGUCCGACGGCAGAGCUGUCAGUGUGAUGGACUUGCGGCGUCUUCUAGUGUCGCCAGUUGAACACGUGGCCGCCUACCCCCUGCUACUUCUGGAACUGAAGAAUUACACAGAUGAGCUGAAAGAUGGCUGUUCGCUGACGAAGGCAGUGGAGUUCUGGGAGGACUUAUCCAGGACAGUUAUCAAGUCACGGCGGUGCCGAGACAGUGGCGACACUGCGCAAAGCGAAAUCACUCGAGCACAUAGCCCAUCAGGCCUGUCGCAGCAUUGCGGCGGCUCCGUGGUGCAGAAUGGAGCUAAGAUGCCAUUAUCACAGUGUUCAACAUCGUCCACGGAUGAAAGAUUGUCAGAUGAGCUGGAGUAUCUGUCGCUAAAGAAUGUUACUCUCCCACGACAAGGUCAGAACCAGGAAGCCAAGGAUUGAGCAUUUACAGCUACUACUAAAUACCCACAGCAACCGGCUCAGAAAAAACUCGUAUCGCCGAUCGGUGAAACAAGAUAGAGAUUCAUUUAUCUAUAUUCUAGGAAGAAGAGGUUGGUGCGAUUUCGGCGAUAGUUGGGGAAGUGUGUGUUGCUCCCUACAUGGGAGCUCGCGAUUUUCCUGCCGACUUGAAUUCUCACUUGACUAACUCACGACUGCCAUCCAGAUACAUUAUAGGAGAUAGACUAACUUGGCUUGACACUGUUGACAGAUGCGUCGACUCUGCUCCUGUCUAACAGGUUCAGGGAAGAUGCGAGCUGUAUGUAUAAUAUUAUUAUUACUAUUCUAUUUGACUAAUCUUCGUGGGCAGACUGGUGUACUGCCAUGGCUGGCCAACAGUCCACAGUUGAGCAUCAUUUUCACGCGAGAGAACUUGAGCAUAGUGCUUCUCCGCUUAGCCUGUCGUAUCACACUUACAGCACAGUAUUCUACCUCUGUUGAGAGUCUUGAGAAACAUUAACUUAAUGAUAAUAUAAUAUGGGUAAUAUAAUUAUGUCCGCAGAUUGAGUAUAAUUUUAAUUAUAAAAAUUUCGAAAGAAAAUGUUGAUAAUGUAAGAUGUCGGAAACCGAUACCAUUCUUUUUCAGUUAUGAGAAGAUCUUCAAUGCCUGCCUCGCAUAAACAUUAAUCAUAUGUAGUAUUGUAUAGGACGCUGCGAAGUUCUGCAGUAGAAAUAAUUAUGAUUUCGCUUUGUUUCUUGCUUAGCCUUCUCUGGAGACCAUCUGUCAUGCCAUUAUGUAUCAACCAUCCGUGAACCUGUCAAGUGUUCUUGA